AUGGAAAUUUCAGAUUGGUCGGAGCUUCUUCCUGAUUUGUUGAUCAUGAUAGCCAGACGGAUACAACUGAUGGAAGAUUUUAUGGCUUUCAGAGGUGUUUGUACCUCUUGGCGAGCUGCUGCAAGUGUUGAUAAUUUUGUCAAGUCAUGGCCUACAGUUCCAUUGCUCAUGCUAGCAGAAAAGAAAGACACCGAUUAUCGCAAAUUCUACAGUCUAUCUAGGGGCAAGAUUUGGAGGAGAAUGCCACUACCCGAAGCAAAAGCGAGUCCAUCAGAGACAUCAGAUUUUGUUGUGGUUAUAGUUGGAGGUGGUGGUCGUUUUCUCUUGUUAUGGAGACCUGGAGACAUGUCCUGGACAAGAAUAGAAUCAGCACAGUAUGGUGCCUUCAAUGAUGUUUAUUUCUACAAAGGAAAAUUUUAUGCCAUCACUUAUGGAGGACAUAUAUGGGUAUGGGAUAUGUUAGAUCCUCCAGAAGCUCAAUAUUAUUUUACCAUAAAUAGGGAAUUGAUCGACUUUCGAAGGUCACGUCUAGUGGAAUCAGCAGGUGAAUUAUUCGUAGUUGCAAGGGACGGGGCUGAAUAUGAUGACGAUGAGCAAACUUACGGCGUUACAAAUUUUCGAGUUGUGCAGCUAGAUUUGAUCAAGAGGGAAUGGAAAGAGAUUGAUAAUUUGGGAGAUAUGGCUAUUUUUGUCGGGCAUAAUGACGGAUUCUCGCUUGAUGCCACUUGA